AUUCAUGUUACGUCAAAUGUAUAUAUUUGGCAUGUCAUUUAAAAAUACCAGCUUUAAUUAAUAAUUGUCGCCGUAUUUAAGUAUUAUGGAUACAUUAUACAACCAAACUAACAAAUUAAUUCAACAGACACAACAAACGUUUCAAGUUUUAGAGGGCAACACCGCGAACGCAACAGAAAUCGAAAAUGAGAUACAGGAAAAGAUAAAUCAAAUAAACAGCAACUGUGAAAAACUAGACACAUACUUAUUUAAACUACCAAUAGAUCAAAGGCAAAAUGCUAAAAUGCGCUGUGACCAACUCAAAUAUGAUAGCAGACAUUUACAAGCAGCAUUGGCUUCAACACAACAGAGAAGGGCACGUCGUGAGGCUGCGGCGUCAGAAAGGGAACAGCUGUUGAACCGCAGAUUCGCCCCAAAUCCGGAUCUGACUGCUAUCAACAUAGACUAUGCAAUACAGCAUCAAAAUUCAUUACAAAAUGCCAAUAGAGGUGUGGAUGAAAUGUUAUUUACUGGUGCGAAUGCUUUGGAGUCCUUGAGGAAUCAGAGAAUCACAUUGAAGGGGGCUCAAAGGAAGAUUAUGGAUAUGGCAAAUACUUUAGGGUUGAGCAAUCAUACAAUGAGAUUAAUUGAGAAAAGAGCUUCAGAAGACAAAUUUAUAAUUAUAGCAGGAGUUGUAAUUACUCUAAUUGUGAUUUUAAUAGUCAUUAUUUAUUUUACAUAAAAUGUAUAAUUUACA